CUGCCUUCUCGGGCACCUGUCUCCUCAGCCAAUCAGGAGCCACCCUUCAGGGAGCCAACCUGUCAGCAAAGUACCUACACGGCAACCCGACCAUAAAUCAAACAUUCACUCCACGGGCCAUGUCUGUAUUGGGCAGGAUUUAGAAGAGAACAGUUGGUCCCAUCCGCCGGAUUGGGGAAGGUGCUUGAAGAUUUGGAAACCUGGGAGAACAUGUCGAAUGAAGUAGAUUUCAGGUCUGUCCGGGUAUUGAAGAAUGACACAGUCAACUUCCAGAAGUUCUCCUAUACCAAUGAAGAUGAGGCCUGGAAGACCUAUCUGGAAAAUCCUCUGACUGCUGCCACCAAGGCCAUGAUGAGAGUCAAUGGGGAUGAAGAUAGCGUCGCUGCCCUGAGCUUUCUCUAUGACUACUACAUGGGCCCAAAGGAGAAACGGAUCCUCUCUUCAAGCCCAGUCACACGAAGUGACCUAGGAAAGAGGUACCACCAUGGGAUGGAAUACGAAGCAGACUUUCCCCCUCUGGAGAGCCCCACCCAUCUCAUGAAGUUCUUGACUGAAAACGUCUCAGGGACACAAGAGUACCCAGACCUAGGCAAGAAGAACAAUCUGAUGAGCUUGGAGAGUACUGGAGCAGCCUCAAACAAACCAGCCCUCCUCCCUCCCGGCCCCAGCAAGCUGGAGGACAACUCAGCAGAUGGCAGCUACCUGCUUCCUGCUGGAGACAUGUAUGAUGGCAGCCUCAACAACCUGUUUGAGACCAUCCAUGGGCCCCCACCCCAGCAGCGCUGGCAGCCUGACAGCACAUUCAAGGAUGAUGGGCAGGAGUCACUGCUUUUCCCUGAUAUCUUGAAAAGCCCCUCGGAGCCCCAAUGUCCAGAGGAGUACCCCGGCAGUAAGAGUGACUUUGAAUAUACCCUGGGUUCCCCCAAAGCCAUCCACAUCAAAUCUGGGGAGUCACCAAUGGCCUAUCUCAACAAGGGACAGUUCUACCCAGUUACCCUGAGGACUCCAGGAGGAGACAGAUGCCUGCACCUGUCUUCCAACAAAGUGAAGAGCAUGAUUAUGGUGGUGUUUGACAACGAGAAGAUCCCCAUGGAACAGCUGCGGUUCUGGAAGCAUUGGCACUCCCGCCAGCCCACAGCAAAGCAACGGGUCAUUGAUGUGGCGGAUUGCAAAGAAAACUUCAAUACCGUCCAGCAUAUUGAGGAAGUGGCUUAUAAUGCGCUGUCUUUCGUGUGGAAUGUGAAUGAAGAAGCCAAGGUGUUCAUCGGAAUCAACUGCCUGAGUACAGACUUCUCCACCCAGAAGGGGGUAAAAGGCGUACCACUAAAUCUCCAGAUCGACACCUAUGAUUGUGGCACAGGGACAGACCGCCUGGUACACCGAGCUGUCUGCCAGAUCAAAAUAUUCUGUGAUAAGGGUGCAGAGAGGAAAAUGCGGGAUGAUGAACGCAAACAGUUUCGGAGGAAAGCCAAGUGCCCAGACUCCAGCAACAGUGCAGGUCUCAAGGGCUGCCUACUCUCCAGUUUCCGAGGUAAUGAGACCACUUACCUACGGCCAGAAUCUGACCUGGAAAGCCAGCCUGUUCUCUUCAUCCCCAACAUCCACUUCUCCAACUUGCAACGGAAUGGCAUGGCUGGUUCUCCUACUAUCCACAAUGGCACAAACAGGCUGCCUCUGAAACGAACCUGUUCACCCUUCUCUGACGACUUUGACCUUCUGCCUCCCAAGCAAGCAAAGGAAGAUGAUCUCCAGAGAGUCUUGUUAUAUGUCCGGAGGGAGACAGAGGAGGUGUUUGAUGCCCUCAUGCUGAAGACUCCAGACCUCAAAGGGUUAAGGAAUGCGAUCUCGGAGAAGUAUGGUUUUCCUGAAGAGAGUAUUUACAAAGUCUAUAAAAAAUGCAAGCGAGGGAUCUUGGUGAACAUGGACAACAACAUUAUCCAGCACUACAGUAACCAUGUGGCCUUCCUGCUCGACAUGGGAGAACUUGAUGGCAAAAUUCAGAUUAUCCUUAAGGAGCUAUAGGGCCCCAGCAUCGCUCUGCCCUUGAACCUAUGGGCCUGCAUUUGACUCACAGAGCCAGGACGUAGCCCUAAAACCCCAACACAACCUCCUUCUAUGCCUCACUGUUCUCACUUACUUGAAUGCACUCACCUGGGAGAGAAGAUGCUCAGUCUUCAGAAGCAGCCUUUGCAACUCCCAAGAGGAGCCUUUGCCUCUUUGGCGUUGCUGCCCAGUCUUUGAUUCCAGAGACAUCAGCCAUCCCAGUUUGCAGACUAUCCCCUACCCCACUCUUGAGAGCAGAACCUUCUUGCUUCUUGCACUGGGGGUGCCCUGUUGUGCCCAAUGGCAAGACAUUUUGGUUGGGAUAUUGGUAGUCUUGGCUUCCAAGGUCACUCUUCUGGCAUCUCAUGUUUGUCAUCCCCAUUUCCAGACAGAAGAACAGGAGGCAGAUGGGGAAAUUCCAUUCAUGCAAGAAAAAGACAUUUGAAGCCAGACCCAGCCAACCAGGCCACACAUGCCCCACUCAUUGCCUCAAACCAAAGGAUAAAUAUUGUUUCUCCUAAAGGAGGCUACAGUGGAAUUCCUGAGUUAUCAUUUGCUACUGUGUCAUUCUCUGAUGCCAGGGUCACUAAUUAUCUGGUUAACGUUGUUACUUUGCUACUCCCUGAUAGCCCAUUCAUAACUGAGGCCAUGCUGCUUUUUGAUAUUGUUACAAUUCAUCAUUGCUGUAAUCUGACACCUAGUUGUCAUUAGAACUGUCUAGGUCUGUUAGUAGUGUAUUACUACCAGACAUCAAGCUGAAUUCACUAGCAUGUUUUUACCAUUACCAGUGAAGACUACUUUACAAUUUGCCCUUUCUUUUUGAGAUCAUAUGCCUUCUUUGGUACCAUGUUGCUAUUAGCAUGGUGUUACUACUUAAUAUCAAGUCGGUAGUUGCUUGAUAUUAUGUUGCCAUUUCAUACAUGCUAAUAGUUGCUGCCACAUUGUUUGAAACUAUGUUACUGGUCAUAGUAACAUAUAAUGUCUUUUGCUGCCAUAUUUUAUUGGAUAUUGCUGUUGUAUACUGAUGCCAUGUUAAUGUGUGAAAUGGUGCCUGAUUAUACUUUUGUCUAUGUGUUAUAUAUAUAUAUAUAUAUAAAAUAUAAAUAUGUAUUGUGUAUAUAUAUGCAACAUUUUAUAUUUUUCAA